UUUCAUGGAAGUUCGCUGGUGCUUCUCACAUGCUUCCGCCGAGUGUUACCUUACCCCUGUCGAACAGGCUUCGCUUCCAUGGCCAUGGUCCGGACCGCUACCCUUGAAUUUCCCUCCAGGCAGAGGAGAACACCGAUCGGACCAUGUCCCCCCACCCAUCCCCCAAGGAUUAUCGACACGCCCCAUGCCUCUGCUACGAUGAAAACAAAACGUCGGGUACGAUCUCGCGAACAGACAUGGACUUUAUGCCGCCGGAUGGAAGGCUAAGGUAACAUUUCAUGGAUAAACACCAUCGGGAGUCGAGGGGAGUCUUCGACUCUGAGAUUGCAGGACCCGUAAUCUGUAAGCGGUCUUAACGAGUACGGGUCUUUAGGGGGAUGGUUAAUGGUGCGAGAGGUGAAAGAAGUAGACAAUGUCUAAAGAUUAUAAAAUCACAUCUUCCCGCUCUUCUUCGUGGUGCUAUUCCUAUCAUCAGCAUCAGUCGUUCCUUCUUCUACUCUCGUUCACACAAUCUUUACCUUCGUUCCACCACAGUCUUUACUAUCCACCAUCACCAUGAAGUUCAGCAGCGCUCUCGCUUUCCUGGCUGCGGCCGGAGCCCAGGCUCACUACACUUUCCCCAAGGGCUACUCCACUGGCGCCGUCUCCGGAGAAUAUGAACACAUCCGCAUGACCGAGAACCACUACAACCGCGGCCCCGUUGCCGACGUCACCUCGGAAUCCAUGACCUGCUACGAGCUCAACCCCGGCAAGGGCGCCCCCAAGACUUUGUCCGUCGCGGCCGGAUCCAACUACACGUUUGUCGUCGGCGACAACAUCGGCCAUCCCGGUCCCUUGCACUUUUACAUGGCCAAGGUCCCCGAGGGCAAGACGGCUGCCACUUUUGACGGCAAGGGCGCCGUUUGGUUCAAGAUUUACCAGGAUGGACCCAUGGGACUGGGAACCGGCCAGCUCACGUGGCCCAGUGCUGGCGCCACCGAGGUCUCCGUCAAACUCCCCUCCUGCCUUGAGUCCGGCGAGUACCUCCUCCGUGUGGAGCACAUCGGUCUGCACAGCGCUGGCUCCGUCGGUGGUGCGCAGCUGUACAUUGCGUGCGCGCAGCUCAACGUGACGGGCGGCACCGGCACCAUCAACACCAGCGGCAAGCUGGUUUCCUUCCCCGGCGCGUACAAGGCUACCGACCCCGGCCUCUUGUUCAACCUCUACUACCCUGCUCCUACCAGCUACACCAACCCCGGUCCCGCUGUUGCCACUUGCGAUGGUGCCUCGGCCCCGGCUGCUCCUGCUCCUGCUCCGUCCUCCGCCGCCCCCAGUGCUCCCGCUGCCUCUGCCCCUAGUGCGACGGUCCCUGCUGUGAGCGCCACCAGCGCUGCUGCUGUGGGCAAGGCGAGCUCUACUCCCAAGAAGGGCUGCAAGCGCGCCGCUCGUAAGCACUAAGUGGCUAAAAGGCGGAGAAGAGAGUGAGAGAGGUUGAGUUGCCUCGCUUGUUUGAAAGAUGUGGUGGGCGAUGGUGUUUUUUGUUGAAGGACGGGUGAGAGCUGUUGAUCAGUGAUGGGGGGGUUCUCUUCUUUUCUCUGGUAGAUAUUUUAUUAUUGAUCGACCUUGCAUUGGGAGCCAUUGUUGCUCUAUCUGUACAUAGCGAAGCAUAGCAUAUAGAGUCAAGUUUUUGG